GGGUACUGAACUGUUGUAUAUUAAUUCGUAUUCAAUAAAAUAUAAAAUAUUGAACGAAAAUUUUAAUUUUUAUUUAUCGAUUUAAAAUUUCGACAAGUUAAAUACAAAAUUGUAUUUUAUUGAGUGUUUAUCCUGUUUUGAAAAAAAAAAACUGAAAAUUAAGUGGUUUUGAAGUGUAUAAAAAUACAAGUGUAAUAAAAUCAAUUACAUAUUUUUGCUAUUUAAACAACCGACCCAAAAACCAAUAAUCCAAUCUCCAAUAACAUGUCUGCUGGGAGAGUUAAACUUCAACUUUUACUAUUCCUACUAGGUGUAACACUUAGUCACUUCAGCUAUGCCCAAGUUGGCGUAGGUUCAUACCAAAGAACUUACGAUACUAUAGAACCAGCUACAGUUCCUGCUACAGCGAAUAGUCCGAAAAAGAUUUAUACCCCCACCUAUGUAACAACCGAGUUAAGAUUUGGACGCGGUUUAGAUCCCGAGAAAGAAAAAGUGGUUACUGUUCGAGGCAACAAAGGGGAAAAUGUUGAAUUGGUGGUGGGUAAAAAUAGUCGAAAAGCUAAAUCUGGUGAAUCGAAAAGUUUCUUUGUACGUUCAGCCGGCAUGGUAAGAGAACAACCAUCUAAGGCUGCACAAAGACCCCAAGAUUUAGAUCUUAAACAUACACAAACUCUACUACAUCAAGUCGAAAUAUCAAGGCAAUCCAAGGAGUAUAAACAGCGUAUGGAUGAUGCCUUGGCUAGACAACAGCAAUUAGAAAAAUUGAAAUUAAUUAAAUCUCAAAACUUUAGAGAACAAGAGCAAAAUGUUUGGCAACCAAAAAUGGCCAGAGCUGGUCGUAGAUUGUUAUUUGAAGCCGAAGAACCACAGUCCUAUCAUCCCCAACAAUAUACAGAAGAUAUGUAUUUUAUGCCUCAACAAACCAGAUCCAGUAAUAGACAACCAUCUUAUAUACCCUUGGGCAGAUCAAAUCAAUUUUCUUUUCCCUCAGAAAGACAAGAUUCUAACGACUACAGCCACGAGAGACAAUGGCAACCAAUGGAAGUUUAUGAACUGCGUCAUCGUAAUCUAAGACAAGCACAACAACAAAUGGUACCCGUUUCCUAUCCUGCAGAAUUUGGCUAUACCCAAUCUUUUCCCAAUGAACGUUUAGACAAUCUUUAUCGCAGCUCCAAAUACGUACAAUCUUCUGUUGAUUUGAAUAAUGCUUUUGACGAAUAUCAGCGCAAUAAGCGUCCUGUCAAUUUAAUCACCAAAAAUAACUACACACCCGUUAAAAAACAAACGAUUUAUGUACCUAAACCGGUUAUGAUUACUUCUUCGGCUAUGGUUCAAGAGACCACUCCUCAACAGCAAAGCGAUAGCUACCAGCAGCAAAUGCAAUUUAAACCCUUAAAAUAUGAACAAACUGCCAAACCUUACUUCGCACAAGCAGAUGCUCCCAUUUACACCGAACCUCAGACCUCUUCGCCACAAAGCACUAUUGUUGAUGGUCCCGCUGUAACCGUGAUCGAAGGUAUACGUGUGCCCGAUACACCUGAAGAUAAAGUGAAAACUUGGCGUAAUGCUCGUGUUUUAAAUAACGAAUUGGUGCCAUAUCCCGAAGGUUAUAUACCGCCAAAGGUGCAAAUACAAACAUUCGAUAGAUAGAUAUACAUGGAUAGAUGUGACCUGGGGAUUUUGAUUUCCGAGUUAUAUUUGCUUAUAUCUUGUCGAUAAACUUCAUUAACAUUAUUGUCACUAACAUUUAGUAGAGAUAGUUGUUGUAGAAGUAUAAGUAUGUUUGAGUGUUAAUUAAUUAGUAAUUGUUAUUUAUUAAUCAGUUUAAUAUAAAAGUUACUAUGUAAUUUAGUUUGUAAUUAAAAAAUUGUCGAAAUAACUAAAAUAAAU